AUGACGUCUGGUCUGCCGUACGCCCACCGAACGGGAGAAUCUGUUGACAUGUCCCGCCGACCAUCAACCAUGCCAAAUCAAUCGCCAAAUAGCGGUGUCGCAGCUUCGGGCGACGGAGGCCAGGAGAAGCAAAAAAUGCUUCUUUCGUCAGAAACCGGUCACUUCAGCUUGGUCAAGGCCUUGCAUCUUGCGGAUCUGGUCACUGAGCUCAAUGUUAUGUCCGUCCUUUCGUCGAUGCGUUACUGUCUAGGAGAUCCAAACGAACACGGUGCUCUCUGGGCUGCCCUGGGUUUCAUGCCUUUUGGACUAUUCUUCGAUUUCAUGGAUGGCAAGAUCGCGAGAUGGAGGGAGAAGUCGUCUCUCAUGGGGCAAGAGCUUGACUCUUUAGCAGACUUGAUCUCUUUCGGCAUGGCCCCUGCCGCCUGCGCAUUCGCUCUCGGAGUCCGCACCUUCAUUGACCAUCUCCUCCUGGCGUUCUUCGUGCUCUGCGGUCUGACCCGAUUGGCCCGAUUCAACGUUACCGUUGCUGUCCUGCCAAAGGACAAGACGGGCAAGUCAAAGUAUUUUGAGGGCACGCCAAUUCCCACGACGCUGUCGAUUGCCUCUCUCAUGGCGUAUUGGGUCUCUCAGGGUUGGAUUCUUGAGGAUCUGCCUCUCGGAGUGGUUGCCAAGGGUACCCCCCUUGAGUUCCACCCGGUCGUCCUCCUAUUCGUGCUGCACGGCUGCAUGAUGGUCAGCAAGUCGAUAAAGAUCCCCAAGCCUUAG